UCCGCCGCGCGCCUCCCCCCCUGCCCCCUCCCGCACAAAGCCGCCGCCGAGCCAGGCCACCCACCUUCCGCCUCCUCCCCGCCCACCACGUGAUCUGAUCUGAGCGCGCAGCUGCUGCCAUCCCAUGGCCACCGCCUGCCGCUUCGCCGCGCCGCUCGGCCUCGCCACGCUGCCCCGCGGCCGCGUCCCCGCCGGCGUCGUCGUGGCCGUCGCCCAAUGCGGCUCCAAGGUCUCGAGAGGCGUCGCCGUCAGAGCAACGUCCGGCGGCGAGGGCGUGACGGAGGAUGUGCCGGAGAUCGUCAAGGCUGCCCAGGACGCGUGGGACAAAGUUGAGGACAAGUACGCCGUGGCCACCAUCGGCGUCGCCGCCAUCGUCGCGCUCUGGACGGCGGCAGGGGCUCUCAAGGCCAUCGAAAAGCUUCCUCUCCUGCCUGGUGUCCUUGAGAUUGUUGGAAUCGGCUAUACUGGGUGGUUCACAUACCGCAACCUCGUCUUCCAGCCAGACAGGGAAGCUCUUAUCAGCAAGGUCAAGAGCACUUACGAAGAAAUCACCGGGAGCAGCAGCUGAUCAAGCAUCAUUUAGGGAUCCGUAAGCAGAUGCUAGAAUUGCAUCCGCGAGCACUGAGCUGCCAUGCAAGUGAAAGUGCUAACAUUUGAGACUCGAUCAUGUACUGUUUCUGGUCCUCUGACUUGAGUCAGAGAGAAACCUCUGCUGAUGAGCUAGUCGUUUGCUUAUAUUGAUGUAAUAUUUAUAACAUAUUUCCAGUUCCUUUCCAGAUUACUGCGCACUCGGAAGCCUCAUAUGGGAUUGAAGAGGACAUUGAUUGGCUCGUUGAUUUUUAAAACAAUUCAGACUUAUAAUCUUUUGGCUGAA